AUGCAGCGGAGGGAGCAUCGCUAUAAGGUCCUGGUGAUCGGAGACCUCGGCGUCGGGAAGACGAGCAUCAUCAAGCGCUACGUGCACCAGCACUUCUCCGCUAACUACCGGGCCACCAUCGGAGUGGACUUCGCCCUCAAAGUGCUCAACCUGGAUCAGGACACGAUCCGGCUGCAGCUGUGGGACAUCGCAGGUCAGGAACGUUUUGGCAACAUGACGCGUGUGUAUUACCGUGACGCCCUCGGCGCCUUCGUGGUUUUCGACGUGGCGCGGUCGUGCACAUUCGAGGCGGUGAGGAAGUGGAAGGAGGAUCUAGACGACAAGGUGAGCGCGUCGGGCGGGAAACGGGUCGCCGCCGUGCUGCUCGCAAACAAAUGCGACCAGGACAGAGACGACACCUUCGCCAAAAACUACGGGCGAAUGGAGCAGUUCUGCCGAGAGCACGGCUUCAUCAACUGGUUCGAGACGUCAGCCAAGGAGAACAUUAAUAUAGAUGAAGCUGUUACCUGUCUACUGAGACACAUCAUGGCCAGUGACACAGAACUGCUCCAGACGGACGGCAUGAACAUCUCCCCUAAACUGGAUUCGGGACGCAGCCCGCCCUGCUCUGCCUGCUUGAGGCCCUAAGUCACUCUAUCCUCACUUCACCAACACCCUUCAUCCCUUGAAAUACUCCUCGUCCCCACCUCACACACACACACACACACACACACACACACACACUAUUAUAUACAGCCAUCUGUGUGUGUGUGUGUGUGUGUGUGUGUGUGUGUGUAUACAGUCGCCAUGUGUUAUAAAAAAAGCAACUGUGCAUUCGUAUCCAUAGCAACUGACUUGAAACACUUCACACAUCAGCAACCUUAUAGAGCAACCUGAACAUCUCUCUCUCUCUCUCUCUCUCUCUCUCUCUCUCUCUGUCUCUCUCUCUCUCUCUCUCACUCUCUCUCUCUCUCUCCAUUAUUCACACAUUCACUUAUCAUUUCUGAAUCAACAGGAACGUGUUUGUUUUGUUUAAUAAUGAUGGGAAAAUUAGAUUAAGAACGUACAAAUUAUACAAAUGUUAAUCAUCCAUUUCUCAUUACAUCAUCGACUGUAUCGCUGUUAUUUAUUUGCUGUGUGUGUGUGUGCGCAAUGUUUUAUUGUUUACAUGUUAUUAAAUGUUGAAUGUAAAGUGAUUGGACACGUGAUUUACUGUGUUACGUAAGGAUUGGGGUCGCGCUGUUACAGGAAAAUAAUCAGUCACUUGGUGGUGUGAUGAAAUGAAUUUUCCUAUGAACUUCCUAUUCUGAAGUGUUUUAUUCCUCAUAUAGCACAGCACUCUGCCAGUCAGUACAAUGUUAUUUAUUAAAGAAAGAAACGGCAUACUUUUGAUCUGUUUAUGGCUACAUUUAGUGUUGUGGAACGUCUGCAAAACAAGUUACUUCCUGUUAUCACUUGCGUUAUAACCUGUCCAAAGUCUAGAGACAGUUUCAUC